UGGCCUGAGGACAGCCAGGAUUUAGAGCGCAGAAGAAGAAGUCUGUGUUCCACGUGAGCUGGUCAGCAUGGCACCUCCGGGAGGAAUAAACAAACCGAAAACUGAGUUGGGGAAGAAGCUUUUCAAGCGCCGGCGAGUUCUGAGCCGUGAGAAGAGGAAGCGGCAUCAGAUCGUGGGAGCUGUGGUGGAUGAAGGUCUCAUCACCAUCCAUCACCUGAAGAAGAGAAGGACGAGUCCGAGAGCCAACAUCACGCUGUCAGGGAAGAAGAAGAGGAAGCUGAUUAAACAGCUGCAACACCAGCAGAAGGAGAAGGCCUCUAUGGAAGUGGAAUCAACAGCAGCACCACAGAAGAAGCACAACACCUCAUCAGCUCAGACCAAGAAGAAGAACAAGAAGGCGUCCGGAUGCCAGGACGAUGUAGAGAUGGUGGAUGUUGAAUGAAGAUAUGUCUGCACUAUGAGUCCCUGCUCAGACGUCCAUGCCGGCGCCUCAACUUUGAGACUAAUGGACAAUAAGGACGUCCGUCCUGUAGUUUGUUUCUGCAGAAGAAAAAACUACAACAGUUGACAUGGAAGCCCCUUUCUGCCAAAAAUGUUCCCCCUCAAAUAUUAAUUGAGCUGCUUUUAUUUUAGUUGUAAAUAAAUCUGAAUUUGUUUGAGGCUCACACUGUUUUAUUUUUAUUUGAUCUUUUGCAGAUUCUUAACCAAAACAGCUUUAAUCAAUCAUUUAAACAAAAAACUUGAGGUUAUUCUAAGUUAAAUUAGUAUGUUAGUGAAAAGACCAAAUGUCUUUCUAUGGUGUAAAAGUUUUGUGAGAAUUAAAAAUGUAACUUCACUGGCAAAAAUAUGAAAAAAUAUGAUAUUGUUUUAAAUUUACUGUCUGAAGAUAUUUUUGUAAUUUUUGACUAACCAAAGGCAUUUUACACUUUCAUUUUGUUAUUUGGCAGAAAUGGGUUUCCAUAUAUGAUUGGGUUUUUAUUUUAUAUCUCUGUUAGCGUCGCAGCACCUGCAGAGUUUGAGGGCAACAUUUGGACCUGUGGUUGUUACAGCAUUCAUCUUGUAAGCUUGUUUAAUUAAAUGGGUCAUGAGCUUUGACCUUUAACCUUCUGUUCCACCUAGUUCAUUAAAAUUUUAUACAUCAUCAGAAGUUUCUAUUCAUUAUUUAGAUUAUAUAAUAAUUCAGAUUUUUUUUUAACCUUUCUUAGUUGUUGGUUCAUAAAUAUUUGACUUAUUAUUUUCCUGACACAGUUUGGUAAACAUUUGUGCUUGAUGGGAACAUCCAGGUUCAAAUGUAAACUGCACAUUAAAACUCAUUUUGGCUCUUCAGCAGUUUAUGUUGAAAGAAAAUUUUGUUACAGUUUAACACAAACUAUGUUCAUUUUUGACACGUUAUUCAAAUAAAGACCUGAUAAAUCCUUGUUUAA